AUGGCCAAAAGAGUUGCUGAUGCGCAAAUACAGAGAGAAACAUACGAUUCUAAUGAAUCUGACGAUGACAUGACUCCCUCUACUAAGCUUGCGUCAUCUGCUGUCAUGAAUAGAAGAAAAAUUGCUAUGCCGAAGCGCAGGAUGGCCUUUAAGCCUUUUGCUCCCGCAAAAUCUGAUGAAGCCAAGCACGCUAGUUCCUUUAGCUUUUUGAAACAGACAAAUGACACUCCAGCUCAAGUUAAUAAUAACCCCACUACAGAAAGUAAUUCUAAACUAAAAGCAUUGAAUCUCCAGUUCAAGGCUAAGAUAGAUGACUUGGUUCUAAGCAAGCCGUUGGCAGACUUGAGACCCCUUUUCGCCAAAUACGAGGUAUACAUAAAGAAUAUCUUAGAAGCUUCCAAAAAAUCUAUCGAGAAUCCAAAGCAAACAAUCCAGGGAAACGGCGAUACAAUUGCCAAAGUAGAAGAUGACCAAAAAAGUUCUGAAUCUUCAUCCGAAGAAGAAGUUAAGGUGGAGGGACCUAAGUUCACAAUCGAUGCCAAACCGCCUAUUUCGGAUUCUGUUUUCUCAUUUGGUCCCAAGAAAGGAAACCCCAAGGAAGAUGAAAGUGAUAGCGAAAAUGAUAUAGAAAUUAAGGGCCCUGAAUUUAAAUUUUCGGGAACUAUAUCAAGUGAUGUAUUCAAACUAAAUCCAAAUACCGACAAAAAUGAAAGGAAAACCGAAACCAAUGCUAAACCAUUUUCAUUUUCUUCGACCAUUUCAAAUUCAACCUCUGAACAAACCACGAGUAAAAAUCCCUUCUCAUUUACGGAAACUGCCAAGACCAAUGUAGACAAUAACAACAACGUCAAGCCUUCAUUCACAUUUGGAGCAAAAAAUGUUGCAGAUUCUCAUAAUAAUAAACCGUCUUUUGUAUUUGGUCAAACGACAGCCAAACCAUUGCCAGAAAAGAGCUCUUUCACAUCCGGUUCAUUAAAAAGUGAAGAAAAGAAUGACGAAACCUCAGCUUCUAAUUCAAAAACAGAAAAAUCUAGCGAUAGCAAUGAUACGAAACCAUCCUUUUCCUUUUCGAUACCUAGUAAGAAUACAUCUGAUGCAUCUAAGCCAUCUUUUACUUUCGGAGUCCCAAACUCUUCCAAUGAAAUUUCAAAGCCAGCAUCUUCGUUUGGUGCGGCAACAUCAUCGGCAAAAGAGACUACUGAGAAGGAUGGUAACGGUGAUGUCGAAAAACCUGCCUUUAAGCCUGCCUUCAAUUUUAUGUCUAACGCUGGCAGUGAGAAAGAGAGGGAAAGUAAAGGAGAUUCAAAACCACUUUUUUCAUUUGGCGCAUCAAAUGGAAGUGAAAGCAAAGACUCCGUCAAAACUGCUUCCCCCUCUGCACUUGAUGGUGAAAAUGACAAGAAAGAAGCCACAAAACCUGCUUUUUCGUUUGGAGGAAAUACAAAUACCGCUGAAACCGCUGAUGCUAAGGCCCCCACAUUCACAUUCGGCUCCUCUACACUCGCUGACAAAAAAGAGGAUGUUAAAAAGCCUUUUUCAUUUAGUGCAUCUCGAUCAAAUGAUACCCCUUCCUUCUCAUUCGGAAAAACAGCGGCAAAUUCGCCUUCUAAUUCUUCAACAUCUUUUGCUCCUUCUAUACCAUCGACAGGGUUCAAGUUUUCUCUGCCAUUUGAACAAAAAAGUAAUCAAACUACUACAAAUGAUAACAGGGAAGAAUCGACACCAGAAGCCGCCGGAAAUGAUUCGCAAGGUGCAAGUAAAGUAGACGUUACUCCAGAAGAAUCAACACCAAUAAAUUUGCCAAACGGUGAGGAAGACGAAGCGGCUUUAUUUUCGCAAAAAGCGAAGUUAAUGACUUUCAAUGCCGAAACCAAAUCAUACGAUUCAAGAGGCGUGGGCGAAAUGAAGCUUUUGAGAAAGAAGGACGAUCCUUCUAAAGUUCGUCUACUUUGUAGGUCUGACGGCAUGGGUAAUGUAUUACUUAAUGCAACCGUUGUAAAUUCCUUUAAAUAUGAACCUCUAGCUCCCGGAAAUGAAAAUCUCAUUAAAACUCCCACUGUUGCAGCUGAUGGGAAGCUGGUAACUUAUAUCGUCAAAUUUAAGCAGAAGGAAGAAGGCCGCUCAUUUAUGAAGGCCAUCGAGGAUGCAAAAAAAGAAAUGAAAAAAGAGUAA